UUCAGCCAAUCACAGUGAUUUCCACUUGGUAAACCUUGAUCAGCUUGUGACUAAAUCUUCCUUUGAGUGGGUAGACAUCAGUUGUGCGAGAGAAGGCUGAGGUACCACAAUGAUCAGAAGACUGGCUUCUUUGAUUCUUCUAAGUACAUUGUCUUUGACCGAAGGGGAUGAGGGUCCUUUCCAGAGCUCUAUAACUGUGACUAAACUUGGAGAUAAUGUGACUCUGACAUGUAUAAUCCCUAAGGAUGAUGUUGGGUUGUCUUACUGGUAUAAGCUGAAUUUUGGAAGCGUGAUUGAAACAAUUGCCUCAGGAAGUUUUGACACAAUAUCACUAAAGGGACCAUUUAACAACUCAAGAUUCAAUGCCCCAAAAGUGGGUGAUAUCUAUUCUCUUACCAUAACAAAUGCAAGCAAAGAAGAUGAAGCAACUUACUUAUGCCAAGGAGGAACGGCAUACAAAAUGGAAUUUUUUAAUAGCACGCUUUUGGUCGUGGAUGAUACAAAAACGCUGCAGAAAUCUUUCACCGUGAAACAAACUUCAGACGUGGAGUCAGUACAUCUGGGUGAUACAAUGACUCUGCAGUGUUCGCUCCUCUCUGAGAACAAAGAUGACACAGAUCAGUGUCCAGAUGAAGACAAAGUGCACUGGUUUAAAGGUGCAUCAGAAUCCCAUCCAGGCAUCAUUUACCACGGCAGUCUCAGAAAUAAAGAGGACGGGAGAUGUGACUACAGUCUGUCCAAAACUGUAACAAACUCAUCUGAUGCUGGGACGUACUACUGUGCCGUGGCGACAUGUGGACAGAUCCUGUUUGGUAGAGGAACUGAAGUGGAGAUAGAGGGGUUCCCGCUGGUUACUGUGCUUGUGAUACUGCUGACCUGCUCUGUGGUUGUGAAUAUUGCACUGAUUCUCACCAGAAAACAAAAACCAGAUUGGAAACACAGCAGAGGAAAAGUUACAGCCUCCAAUCAAUCUCCAGUCAGUCAACAGGAGAGAUCGACUGUGGAUCAGCUGAAUAAUGUG